AUUUACUCGGGUGCUUCCAAUGUUGGGCUCUUUGCAAUUCAACUUGCCAAAAGGGCAGGUCUGCAGGUGGUUGUGACCGCAUCACCACGGUCCUUUGAUCUCGCCAAGCGCUAUGGUGCAGAUUCCGUGUUCGACUACCAAUCGCCAACCGCGAUAGCUGAAAUCUCUGAAGCUUAUACCAAUAUAACCAGAGCCGUAGACUGCUUUUCCGAAGGGAACUCGUCUGAAUUCUGUGCUCAGGUGUUGAAGAAGGGUCGAGUUAUAACAUUGCUUGAUCAGGGGAAACCAAAGAAACCGAGUGUCGAGUAUAAAUUCCUCAUGGUUUUCACAGCAUUUGACCGUCAAUUUUCCUGGUUGGCACCCUUGGGCCCAGUAUUUCCUGUUGUGUCCAAUGAUCGCGAGGUUCUUCGUCAACUUUACGCCAACCUAGACCGACUGUCUCUGAGACCACCAUCUGUCACAACAAUGGGGGGAGGAUUUGACGGAAUAUUGGAGGGCCUUGACAAACUUCGCAAAGGAGAAGUUCGGGGCACUAAACUUGUUGUAGAGCUUUCAUGA